ACAAAAGAUGUAAAUACAGAGAAUUGAAUAUUGUUUUUCUAAUUAUUUAAAUAACAAAAGAACAACAAUAGAAAAGAAGUGAAUCUAGUCUAUGUGAAUAGUUGAUAAUAUCCAGUGUAUGUGAUUAUUUUUUAUUGUGGGAGAAAAUGGAUACUAAGUGGAAAAGAUAUUUAUUUUGGUUCGCGCACGAACACGUGGAUUUUCGAAUAGCUGAAAUGGAAUCUAUUUUAGAUAUGUUUAAAAUAACAUUUAGAACAAUAUUAAAACCAAAAGAACAUCCAUUCUGGAUUGUUGAAUUGCCAUCGGUAAAUCCUGUCCAUCAAAUAGCCAGUCGUUCAGUUUCACUUCGUUAUUGCCUCGAACUUUGGGCAAUGUCAAAGGAUCUCGAGACAUUGCACAGUUGUUUAAAAACCUAUACUAAUGAAAAUAUUGAUAAUUUUCGUAAUCUGUCGUUUAAAAUUAAUGUCAAAACAUUUUGUAAACAUUUCUCGCAGAAGGACAAAGUUGGCAAAAUAGAAUCGUUUAAUUAUCUACCACUGGAGGGUUCGGUUAAAUUAAAUAAUCCCGAAUUAACUCUAUAUUAUUUUGAAUAUUAUGGCUUGGAUCCAAAUUGUAUUCCCCAAAAGCCUUUUCAUUUAUUCUUUGGAAGGUGGAUUAUCGAUGGGCAGAGGGAUCUCAUUCAGAAAUUUUCCCUCAAAACACGCAAAUUUAUAGGAAAUACAUCAAUGGAUCCGCAAUUAUCGUUGAUGAUGGCAAAUCAAGCACAAGUACAAAAUGGAGAUUUGGUCCUGGAUCCUUUCGUUGGCACUGGAUCCCUCCUGAUAGCGGCUUCACAAUUUGGAGGCUACACUCUAGGCACUGACAUAGAUUAUUUAAUGCUUCACGGACGCACGAGGCCGAGUCGAAUAUCGCAAAAAGCACGUGACAUUGACGAGAAUGUCGCGGCCAACAUGAAUCAAUAUGGAAUAACUUCUUACUUCGUUGACGUGGUGGUGGCCGAUUUUUCCUGUCAAUUAUGGCGCGACAAUCUUUGUUUAGACUCAAUUAUUACCGAUCCACCUUAUGGUGUUCGCGAAUCAACCGAACGUGUCGGCUCCACAAAAACUGGCUCAACAAUUGAAGCGCAUCAAGUUGAAACGCAUAUACCGUCAAAAGUUGUUUACGAUUUAAAUGAAAUUUUCCAUGACUUGCUGAAUUUUUCCGCAAAACAUUUAAAAAUAAACGGACGACUUGUCUGUUGGUUUCCAUUAUUCACUGAGGAUCAUUCCGAAGAAUUUGUACCGACAAAUUCAUGUCUUCAAUUAUUAGCAAGCUCGGAGCAAAUACUUAGCGCAAAUACAAGUAGACUAUUGUUAACUUACCGAAAAGUUCGUGAACCACAAUCGUGAAUUUAUUUUUUAACCAACUAGGACUUGAUUUAUAUUGAAUUUGUUUUUGUAAUUUAAAUAAAGAAACUCAAUACGAAAA